CUGAGUUCAGGUUCUGAGAAGUUCGUGACCAGUUUCGCCGGACAGUGUAUAAUCGACCAUGAAUGUCCGUUGGACUGCAUUUGCGACGGCACGACAGUCGACUGCAGCAACCGGGGUUUGUCGCAGAUCCCCACACAGCUCCCGAUGUUCACCACGACUCUUUACCUGAACGACAACAAGAUCGUGGAAAUCAAGAACAUGGGUCUGUUCGAGAAACUGCUGAACCUGAAGUCGUUGAACUUGAACAACAACUACAUUACGAGGAUCGAAAGCGAGGCUUUCCACGGCGCCGAAAAUAUGAAGGAGCUAAAGCUGAGGAACAACCUGUUGACGGAAAUCAACGAAAAGAUGCUACAUGGCUUGAGCCACUUGGAAAAUCUAUCGUUGUCUAACAACGAAAUCAAGUGCAUAAUGGACGGAACCUUCGACCACCUGAAGUAUCUUAAGCAGCUAGAACUGGAUGGAAACGCGUUUGUCUGCAACUGCCACCUGGACUGGCUCGGCAAAUUUCUACGGAAACGUCCCGGCGUCUCGAAUAACACCCUGUGUUCUGAACCCGAACAUCUACGCGGGAUGCCGGUAGGUGAGCUGGAGAUGGACCAGUUCACAUGUUUAAGUAAAAACCUGCUUGUCUCUACAUUAGUGUCAUAA